CUGAACAUUCGAGACGUGUAGUCCACUUGUCAUUCUAAUCUCCUUUGCAUUAGCGUAGCCUCUUCUGUAGCCUGUCAACUAUGUGUCUGUCUAUCCCUGGUCUCUCCUCUCUGCACAGACCAUACAAACGCUUCACACCGCGUGGCCGCGGCCACCCUAACCUGGUGGUCCCAGCCCGCACGACCCACGUGGAGUUCCAGGUCUCCGGUAGCCUCUGGAACUGCCGAUCUGCGGCCAACAAGGCAGAGCUCAUCUCAGCCUAUGCUUCCCUCCAGUCCCUCGACUUCUUGGCACUGACGGAAACAUGGCUCACCACAGAUAACACUGCUACUCCUACUGCUCUCUCUUCGUCUGCCCACGUGUUCUCGCACACCCCGAGAGCUUCUGGUCAGCGGGGUGGUGGCACCGGGAUCCUCAUCUCUCCCAAGUGGUCAUUCUCUCUUUCUCCCCUUACCCAUCUGUCUAUCGCCUCCUUUGAAUUCCAUGCUGUCACAGUUACCAGCCCUUUCAAGCUUAACAUCCUUAUCAUUUAUCGCCCUCCAGGUUCCCUCGGAGAGUUCAUCAAUGAGCUUGAUGCCUUGAUAAGCUCCUUUCCUGAGGACGGCUCACCUCUCACAGUUCUGGACCAUUUCCGGAGACCUUCUCCCUUACCUCACCUCCCUCAUCAACUCAUCCUUGACCGCUGGCUACGUCCCUUCCGUCUUCAAGAGAGCGAGAGUUGCACCCCUUCUGAAAAAACCUACACUCGAUCCCGCCGAUGUCAACAACUACAGACCAGUAUCCCUUCUUUCUUUUCUCUCCAAAACUCUUGAACGUGCCGUCCUUGGCCAGCUCUCCUGCUAUCUCUCUCAGAAUGACCUUCUUGAUCCAAAUCAGUCAGGUU